GCUCGGGGCCGCGCUCCCGUCGCCUCGGCGGCGGAGGGCGGAGACCCCAGCUCUGCCCGCGGGAGCUGGGCCGCCCCCGUUUUGCCCGGGGCGGCCUUUCCCCGCGGGGGCCCGUCUCCGCCGUCGAGCGGGUUUUCAGCCCGGGCCGCCGCGGGAAGCGCUUGAUCCCUCCCACCACGGUCCACGUAACGGGCCGGGGGCCCACGGGGCACGGACGGCGGUGCUUGUUGGCUAAUUACAGCCCCGGCGGCGAGGAGCGCUCGGCAGCCGCGCCAGGGCCGGGCCGCGCCGGCGGGACCGCAAAUGAAGUGCGAGAAUUGCACCAAAAAGGAAUGCAGUAAAAAACAGAAAAAUGACGAUACGCAAAGUACGUCUGUUGAUGCAUUGAGCCCAAAUGAUGGUUUUGAAGAGAAAGAUGAGUUUCCUACAUUGGCUAAUGCUAAAAUACUCCUUAGCGACUGCCUAGCCUGUGACAGUUGUAUGACAUCAGAAGAAGGAGCCAGAGUUUUCCAGCAGAAUCAGAAGGAGCUCUUUCGUAUUCUUAACCUUAAUAAGAAAUGUGAUACCUCAAAACACAAAGUGUUGGCAGUGUCUAUAUGCCCUCAGUCAUUGCCUUAUUUUGCUGCUAAAUUCAAUCUCUCUGUGAAUGAUGCAGCCAAGAGACUCUGUGGUUUCCUCAAAAGUCUUGGGGUGCAUUAUGUGUUUGACACCACUAUAGCUGCUGAUUUCAGUAUCCUGGAGAGCCAGAGGGAAUUUGUGCAGCGGUAUCAGCGGAGGAACCAGGAGGAGCAUGCCUUACCCAUGUUUGCCUCUGCUUGCCCUGGUUGGAUCCGGUAUGCCGAAAGGGUACUUACCAAUCUCGUGACCUCUCACAUUUGCACUGCAAAGUCUCCGCAGCAGAUCAUGGGCUCCCUGGUGAAGGGCUACUUUGCCAGGAAGCAGAACUUGUCUCCUGAUAAAAUUUUCCAUGUAAUUGUGGCGCCUUGUUAUGACAAAAAGCUGGAAGCCUUGCGGGAAGACUUCUACACUGCCUUGUAUAAUUCACAAGAAGUUGAUUGUGUUCUGACAUCAGGUGAAAUUGUCCAAAUAAUGGAACAGAAAAAUGUGUCUAUGAAAGAUGUGACUGAAGUAGCUGUAGAUAGUUUGUUUGAUGAAGUAAAGGAGGGAGAUGUAGUAAGGCAUGAAGGGAAGAGGUCCGAUGGCUACCUGGAGCACAUUUUUACACAUGCUGCAAAGGAGCUUUUUGGCAUGGAUGUCAAAGAGAUCACCUACAAAGCAUUAAAGAACAAGGACUUUCAAGAAGUUACUCUUGAAAAGGAUGGUGAGACAGUGCUGCGGUUUGCAGCAGCUUAUGGCUUUAGAAAUAUUCAAAACAUGGUUCUGAAGUUGAAAAAAGGAAAGUUUUUAUACCAUUUCGUAGAAGUCCUUGCCUGCCCAGGAGGGUGCCUAAAUGGAAAAGGGCAGGCACAAACUGAAGAUGGAAAACCAGAUAAAGCACUGCUUAAUCAGAUGGAGGAAGUGUAUGCUGCAAUACCUGUCAGACUGCCGGAAUCCAACGUGCACGUCCAAAAGCUCUACCAGGACUGGCUGGAAGGCAUGGACUCUAAGAAGGUCCAGGAAACUUUGCACACCAAAUACAGUGCAGUAAAUGAAACAGCAAGCAAUCUGGAUAUCAAAUGGUAAUAAAUCAAACUUGCAAAAGAUUUGCUUAGGUUAGUUACAGAUUCAGCACUGGAAACAUUCUAUGCAAUCGCAGACGCUAUGCACUAGCCGAGUGUACGAAUGAGACGCUUCCCGAUUGUGGAUUAUUCUUUGUGAAGAACCAUUGCUUUUUAAAAACAGAAGGAGAAGUCUCCGAAAGCCCUGGUGUUCCCGCCAUUGUCAUUUAACUUUUACUGUGUGUAAUCUCCUGU